AUGAAAAGAGAGCCCACGGUGAAAGAGAAGGCAGGUUUUCGAAGAUUAUUUCAUGAGGCGUACGCCUUGGGGACCAAUGAGAUGAAGAACAUGGUGGAGAAAGGUGAAGAGACUUCCACUAGGAAGUUGUCCCAGCCGGAGAGGCAUGAUCGCUAUGUCCGGCAGGUGGAAAAGUUGAAGGGCGUCACCAUCAAGGGCAUCACAGAGCCUUCAGAUGGCUUGGUGGACAUUUGUUGCUCCAUUUUCGAUGACAAUCGCCUACGGUGGGUGGAUUGGUCCAAGUGCACAUCCAAAGAGCAGGAGCUUGCUGGAGAUAAGAAGGAGCAUACUUUUACAGUCAGCAAUGGCACGAUCAAGGUGGAUUCCAAGCCCCAGGAGAUUCAGGCUGACACUGCAACUGAUGUGCUCAUGCAGUAUGCUUUGAUGCGCAGAGCCCUGGCCUUCGACCAGGCGAAUUUGAUUGAGUUCACAAAGUUCAUGAAGUGGUCAGAUAGAUUGAUGAAGGCGCGUUUGGACAAGCCUCGUUACAUUCCAUCAAGGGUACCUGUGGUAGCAGCGGAUUCUUCACUGCCUGGCUGGUCUUUUGUUGGAGGAACAUCAGUUGAAGUGACACUUCCUUCCAUUGAGUUUGACUUGAACAAGGACAAACGUGACUCUGGACUGGACGACUUGUUUGGGCGUGAUGAUUCAGGUGACGUUGGUUCAAUUGAUAGUAUUUCUGCAGAACCCUCAGUUUCUGACACAGAUGAGUUACAGACUUUUGCUGUUGAGAAAACCUUGCCAACUGAACACGUUCAUGCAGUUGCUUCAUCUUCGUCUUUUGAUACUGUCACUGCCUUGGAAGUUGCAUCCAGAUCUAUUCCAAUGCAAGCCGUCGAACCUAUAUGGGAACAAGGGAUCUGGGGUGUCAUCUUUGGGAACAAGACCAUGCUUGAUGUUUACAAGCCAUUUGGAGAAACGUUGAAACGACCUGCAGACACUUCAAGACCCACUUCUGAGUUCGACGUUGCAAUGCCGGCUUCAACAAAACCCAAACUGUUUUCGGAUUCAGGUUUAUCCUUUUCAGAUGUGGUCAGAGACAAGCCUGACAUUUCAUGGCAAGAGCAGAGGGACUCCGACCUUCAACGCUCUGUGAAGUUUUGGAUGGCCCUAGUGGACAGGUGGGACACCAAGUGCAGUCUUUGUUGCAGCAUAGCAGAACUUGGCAGUACUAGCAGGAUCUUCACCAUGUUCGCUCAUUUGUUUGCUGGUCGGGCACCCAUUACUGUACGUAAGAGGGCAUACAGCAUCAUGAGAUUGUGCGACUACCUCGAAAGUGUUGGAGAAGUUUUCCCUUGCAAUGAACGGCUUUUCUAUGACUUUUUGUGCAGUGAACAACUGGGCAACGCACCCCAGUCGCGCUUGAAGGGCUACAUGCAAUCAGUGAAUUUUGUCAGGUUUGUCAUGUCAGUAGAUGAGCUUGCAAGUUUGACAACCAGCGCAAGAUGCAAGGGAGCUUGUUUAGGGGAUCAUCUCCAGGAGAGGGUUCAAGCAUCGCCAUUAACUGUGUCAGAGCUCAAUCGCUUUCACCGACUGUUGCGUGCAGGGGAUGACUUGUGGAUCAAGAUGUUUUGUGGUGCGGUGUUGAUGGCCGUAUACUGCCGCUCCAGAUGGGGCGACUUGAUGCGGGCAGAGGCAGUCAUUGAGGACUGUGACAAGCAUGGAGUUCUUUGCUAUUUAGGUUUGGUUAUGCCUGCACCAGAUCGACAGGGCAUCCCGACAGGCAGACCUUUGGAAACCCAGGAAUGUGCUGCUUGGAUCCGAAAGAUCGUUGGCACCUCAGAGGACAGCAGUUCCCGAGGAGUUUCGAGCCACUCUUUGAAAAGUACCAUGCUUUCCUAUGCAGCAAAGAGAGGAAUUGGAAUCCCAGAACGAUUGCAACUGGGAUACCAUACAAGCAAUUUUCAGAUGGGUAUGGUCUACAGCCGUGAUGGAGCUGCAGCAAGUCUCAUGGUGCUAGAGAAGUUGAUAACGGAAAUUGCGCAAGGGAAGUUUGACCCCGACCAGACCCGAAGUGGUAGAGUAGUCGAAGAGUCAACAGUGCCCACAGGUGCAAAUGUCGUCAUCGAGGUGAAGGACGAGCCUGAGACCAUCGAGGAAUCUGAGCCGGAGGACUUGGAUUCGAGCUCAACAUCAAGUGAAGAGCCCAGACCAACUCAGAUCAAACAUUUUCCAGUUGUUCAACCAACUGUUGCACCAGAUGGUUUCAAUCUUUGGCAACAUAAGAAGCUAAAGACUUUGCAUCUCAUGGAAGUUCAGAAUUUCAAAGUUCUGGUAUGUGGUCGAUCUGUGUCGGAUUUUGCAGAGUCAGACGUGGAGAGCCCAAAGGACGGGUCCUUGAGGACAUCCCUAGAUGUACAAGGGAUCAGGUCGCACAGUGCAAUGGCCUUCUCAAUGGGGACUCCUCAAAUGACGCCCACAGAGGAGCAAUUUGUUGCUCUUGCCCAGCGAAUCUUCGGAGCUGGCUACAGUGUGGGGCAAAUGUCUGCCCUUAGGAGGUUUCACUUUGAGAGCACGACUCUGGUCAUCUCCAUGGUCAGGGAGAGAGUUACCAGUGACAGUGCAGACAAAGGAGAUGCAGCAAGGAAAAUUCCUUUGGCUGAGAAAAGGCAAAGGAAAGAGGAUCAGAUGGCGAGGUUGACCGGCAUCUCAAUGGUGGGAGAGCUGGAUCCCAGUCAUGCCCUCUUGGACCUGGCCAAUCAAAUGUUGGAGAGCGGUGCCAUAGUCUGGUUGGCCCCAUCCAAAUGCAGCAAGCGCGAUGAUGAAGUUCAACAAGCGCUCAAGGACUCCAAGUCGUCCGUGCAGGUGGAGAAUGCGCAACUGAAAGUGGGACCCAGCACCGACACAGUGGAAGCAGAAUGGAACUCGGAAUUGAAAUUCCAAUGGUGCAUGAUGAGACGUGGUCUUGCCAUGGACCAAUGCAGGGUUCUCAGUUGGGGCAUUCACCAACAAUGGGUGAACUACAUGCUCAACGUUUUGAGCAGGCCAGUCAGUCCAGGUUUUCAGCAGAUAAAACUGGAACAACUGGUGAGGGCUGACCGCGAGAUGUGGACAAUCCUUGCGCAGGAAGUCACAGGUAGCCUCAAGAUGACAGGGAACGAUAUCCCUUUGGACGCUCAUGUCAAGCGCCUGACCACAGAUCCAAGGGUCACCAUGCUCCUUUCGCCCUUGCCUUCUAAUCAGAAGGUAUCCGAGCCCACAGGUGGUCCAACAAGGCCUGCUCCAACCAGGCCAGCAGCAGCGGCACCGAAGAGGCCAAGCAAGCGCAAAACCAGAGCUGAGCGUGGGUGCCCAGACGAACUCAAGAAGUAUAACAUGAAGGUUUCUUCUGGUGGGGAUGGUGACACCCACUCACAUGCCAAAGCACGCGGUGAGAAGCAACUUUCAGAUGUUGAAGACACGUUGCAAAACCGUUUCAUUUUAAUGGAGGAGACGCCAAAUGGCGGGCAAAGUGGCAAUUUCAAGUCCGUUGGCACUCCAGCCGGUGCCAGUCAGCUCAGCGUGUCUGCAGAGACCUGUGUCUUUUUGUUUGUGGAGACGCGUGAUUUGCUUUUGACAGCAACUGCAGUGCGACUUCAUUACCAAGGGUCAGGUUUUUCAGUGCCAACUCCACCUGUGCAGCCCGCGCUCCAGCUGGCCGGUCAAGGAUUCUCAGAAGAAAACCCUUUUGGAGAUUUUGCAAUUGAUGUGAGUGAGACUGGAUGCAAGGACUCUCAUUUUGAUUGCAUCCCUCUUGAAGGCAAUAGUUUGUCGCAACAAGGAGCGCUGGACUUGAGUGCAAAGCUUGUUCCUCGAGGCCCUACAUUGACGGAGGCCAGUUUUGAGCAGCACUUGUCGCAUGCGUUUCUUAGCACUAGAGGACCUUUGAAAGUGGUCAUGCCUUGGGAGAAAGGAGUCUUCAAGAAGGUAUUCAAAAAACCUGAGAAUCUGUUGCACAACGUUUUCAAACAACCACGGCAAUGGGUUGGACUUGAUGUUGUGCCUGAAGUUGAAACAAUGGAUGAGUUUUCAUCCGCAGUGGGCAGUCGUCAUCAGCUGGUCGGGGCCUUUUAUGAGCAUGCGCUGUCAUCCAUUUCAGAUCAGUCCUUUUUGCAAGAGCGUCAGAAUCUUUUGGCAACUGCAGUGGGAAAAUGGUUUUGCAUCAUCAGGGUCAACAUGCUUGCGUCAUCAGUCGGACAUGACAUCAUUGGACUGGGCAACAUGGAGGACCAGAAGAAAGGCGCCUUUCAGGUCAUCGAAGCUGUAAUAGGCGUAAGAUCCAGAACCACGGCUGUCACAAGGGCCAAUGCUUUGCUCAAGUUUUUGAGAUGGAGAGCCGAUACCUCAGAAAAUGACGGAAAGGAAUUUUCAGAGUUAGAAGCAUGGAGCUAUUUGCUGGAGUUGAGAGAGAAGGGUGCAGCACCAACCAGGGGUACCAGCUUCCUGUCGGCUUGUGCCUAUGCAUUGCAUGUGUUUGGAUUUACUGGAUUUGAGUCCAUUUGUUCAAGCAGGAGACUCAAGGGCUUGGCAGAAAUCAUGCACUCGGCAAAGGCGCCAUUGAGGCAGGCUUUGGUCUUGACGGUGAGUCAGGUGCGAUUUCUUCAUGAGAAGUUGUUGGACCAAUCCUGCAAUUGCGUUGACAGAGCUAUCGUUGCAUAUUUGUUGAUUGCGUUUUAUGAACGAUGCCGUCACAGUGACCUUCAGAACGUGGAGGAUGUGCUCCUGGAUUUUGGGCCUGAAGGUGGGUUCAUGGAGGUGACAACCAGGACUCACAAGACAGCAAGGACGGUGACACAGAAGUCAAAGCUUCUGCCAAUUGUUCUGCCUGCAUUGGGCAUCACGGGCAGUGAGUGGAUAUCAACAGCAAAGGCUGUCUUUGAGGAAUAUGGUCUUUGCUUGGAGGGCAAAAUUGCUGGCCCACUUUUCAGGCCGCCUGGAGCCUCAGGAGAGUCGCAUUGCCAAAGGGGCAUUACUUCACAGGAGGUGACACGUUUUCUCCGUCUCAUGUUGGAGGACGAGGCCUCAGUGCAGAGUGUUGAAAGGGUGUCUUCGCACUCGUUGAAGGCAACAGUUCUUUCCUGGGCAUCAAAAGCAUGUAUGAGCGCCUCUGACAGAGCUGUUUUGGGUAGGCACUCCAGCGCUUACGGUGAAUCCAGUGCAGUUUAUGCCAGGGACCUUGCAAUUGGUGCAGUGUCAAGGUUGCAAGAGGUGCUCAACAGUAUUUGCUCUGGGAAAUUCUGUCCAGAUGCGGCCAGGUCUGGGUAUUACCCAGCACAACCUCAGGUGCAUGAGGCAGUACCAAAGCUUGGAGGAGAAGUAGUCAAAGUUGAUGAGGAGCAAACGGAAGAAGAGCCAUGUGAAACAGCUCCCGAGAAAGGAGAGGUGCCUGCAGUGGAGAGCUGCGAAGGGUCUUCAGAUGGAUCGGAGUCCAUGGAGGAUUCAGAAUCUGGAGAGGAGAUCCCUCAGCCUGCGCCCAAGUGCUUUAGGCACAACGCAGUGGGGCCCUUGGCAGGACAUUUUGUGGUGCACAAUGUUUCAAAGUUGGUGCACUACACGGCACAAUUUACUCAACGCACCAUUGACCUCAAGUUGUCCGAGGAAUUGAAGCGAAGCUUGCAUAGAGCAGGUCUGCAAACCUUUGGCACUUUUGCGUAUGCAUAUGGACAGCCUGGUCAAAAUAUUUCGGAUGAGGGAUUUGAGACAUGGGUCACAGGGCAACUUUUGACAGGUGCAACUUUGGCAGAUGUUGCUGGUGCCAAAAGGCUUCUUUUCGAGAGUCAAACUAUGGUGCUAGCGUCUUUGCAGGAACAAGUCAAUGCCACAGAUGCUUCAACGAUUAAGAAGGUGCCGGUGGUGGAGCGUGAAACCAAAAUGAAGGCCAUCAAAAAGAGACUGACAGGUCUCCUCAUUGAAGGGCCGCUUGAACCUGGACAUGCGCUUCUGGACACCACAGCCAGUAUGAUGCAACUCAAUGAAAUCAAAUACAUCCCUCCUGAAAAAUGUAUCUCGAGGACUCAUGAAGUUUUGAAUCAAAAGACUCCAACGAAACAGUUGGAUAUCUCAGCUGAGAACUUGAUUGUGAAGGAAAAGCAGGACACCCCAGACAUGACGGUCACCUCAGCACUCCAGGUGCAAGAGGCUUUUCAGCGCCGUGGUAUAGCGCUGGUGUUUGCAGACCUCAUCACCCAUGAAAACUAUACCAGGUACAUCACAACGCUUUUUGGACAUUUGCAUAGAGAUCCGCCUGUGGGGUACGCAAGGACCAGUGUGAGUCAGAUUGUUGCCGCCGACCGGACUGUGUGGCAGAUGCUCUUGGAGGAGGGCGUUCAACCUAAAAGGGAUGAAAUGGGAACCCUUUCACUGGAUUCGAAGCUCAUGGAGAGUCUCCAAAGUUACAGGGUGUCCUUUGCCUUGCUGCCAUUGAUAGCAAAGAAGGAUAGCACUCCGAGCCCAUCGAAGACGACCAAGCCGGCCGCAAACCAAGGUGGCAAAGGAGCACAUUUGCAGGUGCAGAAACCUUGGCUCAAAACCAAGGGUGGCAAGAAAGGAGGAAAGGGCAAGGUUCGAGUACCCCAUCACAUCUUCAAACUGGGUGGCACGGCUUCCAAUCCGUUUGGUGAGGCAAUUUGUUUUGGAUUCAACAGCAGCUCAGGGUGCUCUGAAGCAGCAGAUGGAGCAAAAUGUCGACGGGGUCUUCAUAUUUGUGCGAAGUGUUACGGUAUGCAUGGUAUCCAGAAGCAUGAGGUUGGACUCAAGGAUUCCUUUGGAGUGGACCACAAGCUGGACAAGGCGGUGGCGACAGCCAAACGUUUAGACCUUACGGAGAAAACAGAUCAGCUUAUACUCCUUCAGUGGUUGCAAUCACCUUUGGUCGUAGGGAUUUUUCUUGCACCUCCUUGCGGAACUCAUUUCUCCACAAGUGAGGAGACGGCAUACCCAACAGGGUUAGCGCGAGCCAUUGCAAGAGUUUUCGCAUUAAUUUUAGCUGAGCAUGGUUGGAAGCCGCCUCAAGAGCAACUUCAGGAGCAUCAGGAAGUGUCAUUGCGAUCAAUGAGAGCCAUUGCAACAGCUCAGCCGAAGGCAUCCAAAAUGCCGCCAAUUGUCAGGGAACACAGGAAGGUGGUGCUCAUCACUGGGCCUUUUGCAGACCUUGCAUCAGCCCCUGUGGAACCUAUGCAACGUCUUAAGUCACCUUGGGAAGUUCCCAAAUCUUGUGAGACGGGGUUGAACAUUUUGCCAGAGGGUGCCCAGCUGUUGCGCACCACUCCAUUGCGGUCAAAGGGGGGUUUAUUGGUGCUUAAUGACACAGCAGUUGGAGUUUUUGAGCAAGCUUGGGGUAUACCGUUUAGUCCUGACGAAUUUAUUCAGGAAGCUGUGGAACGAGGACAUCCCAAGUUAUUUUCCAGGUUAGUACCAGCAAUCUUGCAAACGGCCAUCGAGAACAAUUUUGAUAGAACUGGUUUGCAUCAUUUGCCCCACAAUAGGAUCCAAUGGUUUGCAAGAUGGACCGAAAGAGCUAAACAACUUCAGCAACAUGAUGCAGAGAUCAAGAGCGCACUCCCUAGUCAUGCAGCCAAGAUUCUUGAACCGAAGAGGUUAGCCCUUUUCAAGGAAAUCUUGGUAGAACUGGAAUACCCUGAUAUUGGAGCUUUCGAUGAACUGGUUAAUGGAACGGACCUUGUGGGUGAAGUGAAGCCCUUCGGAAUUUUUGAGAAAGCAUUUAGGCCUGCUGAAAAAACAGUUUCGCAGCUUAAGGAAGCCAGCAAGUCAGAACGCAUGCUGAACUUUUUCAAAUGCUCUUCCUCAGGUGACAAAGAAAUCGAUACCAUGGUUUACAGCAAGACUAUGGAGGAGGUGGACUGCGGUUGGGCCAUAGGCCCCAUUCUCAUGGAAGAGCUGCCGAGUGACGCAGUGGUCAGCAGGAGAUUUGGCCUUAGGCAACCUGGCAAGAUUCGACUUAUAGACUUACAAGUGGCCGGGAUGGACGGGGAAUACAGUGUCAAAGCGUUGAACCUGAUCUGGAGUUGUUUCUUCGACGAUUACGUGGUCUUCAGCAGAGACGAACAUGUGAACAACACUGAGCAGUCAGUAUCACUUCUUUUCAAAUUGUUGGGGUGGAAAUUUGCGGAAGAAGGUGACAAGGCGGAUGGUUUUUGUCGAGAGUUUGGAGCCCUGGGCAUUCGUAUCAAUCUGGACGAGGCACUCAACGCUACAACACUUCGCAGCAUGGAUGUGCGACAAGAGCCACAGCUUGAGGCUGAGACUUGGGAAGAGACAGUUGAAGAAGCGAAAAAAGGGUGGAUUUGGUUUGACGAGACUGCAGACUCAAACGCCUGCCUUUUCAUUGGACGCUGCUACGACUUGAAGUCGGCCUACAAACAGUUUCCUGUGCAUGGUUCAGACCGUGCUUUCUUGCGCAUGGCCGUCAGAGUUGACCUUACGAGCUGCAAAGGAAAAGAGGUGCUCAUAGGGCAUACAGAAGAGCGAAAAAGCGAGUUGAAGGAACGGAUAGACGAGAUCCUUUCCACAGGGAAAAUGGAUUCAAAAGAGGCAGAGCGCCUCAGAGGAAGGAUGGUCUUUUUCGAAGGAUAUACCUUCGGCCGUGUAGCCAAUGCAGCGGUGAAGAAUUUGGGAAGAUUCUGCACGGGAAAAACCAGCCCCAAAGAGAUCGACAACUCCAUGCGUUACAGCUUGCUGACUUUGAGGGAUCGUGUACUCUCAGCUCCUCCAGUGCGCAUCAGCGUCGCUUUGACUGAUACCUGGCUGGUGUUUACGGAUGGUGCUUGCAAUCCGGAACUCCGACAGGGUUCCAUAGGUAGAGGUUUUUCGGCGCUGCCUAGUCUUCUAGAAGACUCCAUGGAUGAUGGGGACAUCGAAAGCUGUAUGUGGGGGUUGAUGGAGAAACAUGGAUUGACUGGAAAGAAGCUUGCGGUUUUUAGUGUGAAUGAAGCUUUUUCCAUUUCUUCACAACUUUGUCGUGGACUGGGUAUCAUUUGCGAGCAAAAGCAUGUGGAACUGGUGGCUACGUGGAUUGAAGAUUCCAGGCGCAUUGAGCCUCUGGCGAAACGGUUGAGGGGCGAUGUCAGUCUGGAUCCACUUGAGGAGCCGCUGGUUAGGGAGCGUUUUUCCAGAAAAGACAGUUCACGUUUGGAGACCCCUACAGCAAGUGCAGCUUCGUUGGAAGCGCUGAACAUGAGGCCUACACGUAGACGUAAUUUGAGUGAUGAAGAGGUGCAUGCAAGGAAGCAACGUGAAGACCAGCAGAAGGAGUACUGGUCCAGGGAAUUAUACCUGGAAUUGAAGAAGUUUGAGGCUCCAGCCUUGCAGCAUCUGGAGCAUUGCGUCAGUGAUCGCCAUCUGCACAUGGCACUAGCUGGUCGUACUAGGUACAACACGUUGAAGCGCUAUGUCAAGACCUGGAUGGCUUUCAUGCAAUGGUUGGAAGCGGCAAAGGGGGUGAUUGACUACCCCGUACCUGGUGAUUUGGUGGAGUAUUUAUUUUCAAGAUUUGAUGAGCCUUGCGGGCCGACCAUACCUGUCUUGAUAGUCAAGGCGGUCACAUGGAUGGAACGCACAGCCUGUGUGGAUGACAGGUUGCGAGUUGGGGAAUCACAGGUGGUCCUCUCAGUCAAGGACUACAUAAUAGAGAUGCUGUCGAAGGAUUCUCCACCAAAGAGGAGGGCACCCAGAUAUCCUGCAGUUUUUCUGGAAUCAUUAGAGGCUAUGGUGGAGAACGACCAACUGCUGAUGGGUACAAGAGCAGUAGCUUGGAUCAAGCUCUUCAAGAUUUGGGCUUCACUCCGUUGGGACGACGUACAGAAAGUGGUCCCUAAGGAGUUGAAGUACUAUGCAGGGCGCAUGACAACAAUCUUGCGUAUCACGAAAACAACAGGGCCCACCAAGAGGGUUCAGGAGCUGCCGGUCUGUGUCUCAGAGCAUGCAUAUGUUACAAGCCCUUUUUGGCUGAAGACUGGGUUUGAUCUUUUCAAGACACAUGCGAACUUUGAACGUGAUUACAUGUUGCCGAAGUUGAAUAGAGACUGGUCUGGUUUUAGGAGAUCCAUGGCGACAUACAAUGAUGUCACUUCGUAUUCCUCAUAUGUCCGCAAAGCUGCCAAACGACCCGGAACAACAGAAGCUCUGUUGGACCCUUCUUUAUCAACCUUCUGGACAGAGCAUUCGGAACGUGCAACACUUCCAACUGGUUUGGCCCUUUUGAGGACUGCAAAAGAGGAGCGUGACAUGUUAGGUCGUUGGAAGCCUGAUGGUUCAGACACAUACAUCAGGAUGUACAAUGGUGUGGUAGCAAGGCUUCAGCAGCAAUAUGCAAAAGCUGUCAGGGUGAACAACAGGACAGGUCUUUUGGAUGAAAGAGAUAUCAUUGAAAGUGCAAUAUCAUGGAUCACGGACAGAUGUGAACAGUUGCCUGAACAACAGGUGCAGUUGAUUAUUUCUCACUUGGAGGAAUCUAUGCACUGGCAGGUUCAGCCUGGUUGGGAGCUGGCUGGUCAGGUCGUGGAAGAGGAGAUAUCAGAGGACAUCCAGUCGGAGCCCAAUGCAGAUGUUUCACAAGUUCAGAAACUUCAAACAGAAAAGGAGACCAGGAAACCUUUGUAUGUGGUAGUGAACAGUGGUAGGCGUUGCAGACGUUUGCACAAGAGUCAAGGUGGCUGCUGGAUGGGACGUGAGAUGUCCUUUAAGUCGUCAGUAGAGUUUUACCAGAUGCCAGAGGCCCUAAAGAAGGGCGGAGCGGACCUCAGGUUCACAUUGUCUCGGAAUGACGUUGAUGAUGACUUGCAAGCUGCCUUCUUUACAAAUGGCAUUACAACAGUUCAGAAGUUUUCAUCCUUCUUCAGAUCAGAGGAUGACCUCAUUCAAGUCAUGAAGGAUUCCUUUGCAACAGAUGCAGAUGAGGGCCUUCAAGCUCGGGCCCAGUUAGCCUCAGUGAUUUGUGCUUGGAGAGAGACGCAAACGAAACAAAAAAGACAGGCGGAGGUUGAGGCGGAGAUGGACACACGUGAGUGGACAAAGCCCAUACCUACUGGUGACUACAUCAACUUGAGGAAUGCGUUCAUGAGGGCUCAUGGAAAGGUUGAGGACAAGGUCACACCAUCAAAAGAGUACCUUGAGAAAAAGUUACAGGAACUUGAGAAUGGUGAAUUUAGAGCAGAACUGCUGUCGGAGGUGGUAUCGAAGGACGAGGUGGACCCGGAUAUUAUGGUGCCGGUCUUCGACUCCAAAGGGUCGCUCUCAGUGAAGAAGGGCACAACAUCGGUGGCGCUUCCGACAGGGCCGGAGCAACUCAGGAGACGGCUCACAGUGAUGUUGCAUUGUGUUUUGAAGCUUGCUUUGAAACAUACAAACCGUGAAGAGAUUCAAGACAUGAGCCGCGACACCAUGGAGCGCUACAAGGAUUACAUCCUAGGCGAUUACGUCUGGGGCUUGUCAUCGACGGACCUGCAGGGGAAUCAGAUACAGACACCGCCUUGGAGCUUGGUCCUCAGCUACGAGCAUGCAGUGCGGAAGCGUGCAUACAAUUUGAUGAUUACAGAACAUUUGAAAAUUGGAGCUGCUUUGGAACAGGCAUGGAAAUGUCCAGUCACAAAAGAGCGUCACUUCAUCACGCCCUUAGCCUUAUACAGCAAGCGGUCAAAUCCUAGAUACAACAAGGCACAACGAUGGAGGGCCAUCCUCACCAAAGAGGGUUUGCAAGGUCCUUUACAUUUUUUCGGGGAAGCCGAGAAAGAAUUCAGUUUCAUCAUGGUUGCGGAAGUUAGCAAAGAGGACUUUGGAACUGACUACCUCAAACCCACGAAAAUAGCAGGGGGGCUUGGGAGUCCUCGCAAGUGUCAGCCACCGGGCAAAGACCGGCUUUUUCAUGAUGGAGCUGGACUCCUCUCGAUGGGGAGAUGGGAUGUGGAGCAGAGGAUUUGGAGCAAGGGUGCUUUUUGGGAAAGUUUGAGAAAAGGGACGGUUGAGUUGAUAGAGAAGCAUCUGGGUGAUGAGCGAGCUUUGGACAGGGCAUGCUUUGAGAUGGCAGUACGAGGCGAAGCAGGCUGCAGUAUUGUGAGAGAUGAGAAGCUCAAAAACGAUAUUCGUCUCUUCUGGAUUGACCUGCUCAAACAGCACGGGUCGAAACAAGAGGGUUUAGACCAUGUGGCCCCAGGGCAACCUUUCCACCUUAGACUCAUGAAGGAGUUACUUGCUUUUGGAGAAGAUGCAGACAGGGAAUUUUUGAUGCAGGGCGAAGUUGGUUACCCUGUGGGUGUUCUUAAUCCAUUGCCGAGGACACCGCAUUGCUACGAAGAACAAACAUCGUGGCGGCUGGAGGACGACCCUCACAUGCAAGAGGAGGUUUGGCGCUCAAACUACCAGUCGGUAGGUGACCAUGUACAAUCUGUGAGGGAGCACUUUGCAGAGGAGUGUGCGGAAGGUUUGAUGGAGAGGCUCACACUGGAGCAGGCAAAAACCAGGUUUGGAGACAAGGUUGCAAUUUCUUCGCUGGCGGUGCUGGUGGAGCAGAACCACCAGGGAAAAAGGAUUGCAGGUGCAGGGAUCAGAUUGGUGCACGAGCUUUUGGGUCCACAGAUGCCGGUGGAGCUACUUCUGUUCGCUGACGAUCUUGAGGCUUUGGGUGCAAGUGCUGGCGGUAGGAGAGGAAUAACCCUUGCCUUCCUCUACAUGUCUGCUUUAGGAUUUCCGUUUAAGUGGGCAAAGCAGAGGGGAGGACUUAGAGUGGAGUGGAUUGGACUUUUUUCUGACUACUCCGUUUACAAGCUGGGGUUGUCUCCAUCACGGGCGCGCUGGAUGCACGAUUGGGUGAAGGAACUUGCCGACACUGGUACAACAACAGCAAAGAACUUUGAGCAAGGGCUGGGCCGUCUAGGCUUUGCAGCCAUGGCCUUGACAUGGGAGAGGCCAUUUUUGGGGCCGCUCUACAGCUGGUGUGCGGCCAUCAGAACGAAGCGUGGAGCAUUGCGGGUGCCUGCAAUGUUGAGAACCAUCUUGAGGUUUUUGGCAAGGAGAUUUUUGGAGGGUGGUGAUUUGCAGUGCCCCCCUCCACUUGAACAAUCGGAGGGCAAACAGAUUACUUUUUAUACAGAUGCCAAGGCCACAGAAGAUUCAGCUUGGAUUGGUGGCUUCAAACAAGAUGCGAGUGGAAAGGUGCUGGAGUGGUUUUCAGAAGAGGUGCCGAUUGCUUGGGCGCCGUGGCUGAAGCUUAAAAGGGAUCCCAAAAGGAUCAUUGCGGCCUUGAAGUUACUGGCUAGUCUGGUUGCGGUGAAACUGUGGAUGCCGCCAUCGCAACAACACUCUGAGGCCGUAUGCUGGUUGAAAGGAAAAACGAAUAAUCAAUCCAACACAUACGCUUUGACAAAAUGGAUGAGCACGAAGUUUCCUCUUACAAUUUUUAUUAUGGAAAUGUCAGAGUCGUUAAGACUUGGAAGAUGCAAUCUGAAGCUGGACUGUGUUCCGCGUGAAUGGAAUCAACUGGCCGACGAUCUCACCAACCAGAAGUUCGACAUGUUCUCCUUGCAGGACCGCGUCAGGUGGGAUCCGUUUCAACAAGAAUGGUUGGUUUUGGAAGAGUUCAUGGCCCAUGCAAAUUCUUUUCAUGAUGAGUUGAGAAAGAGAAAAUCAGAACCAAAGGUUCAGUUGCCCCAGAAGAGGAAACGGGUUUCUUCCCUCAAACCCUGGUGA